CACAAAUUCCCUGAACCCUAAAGGUAACCACUCCCAAGCCUACACCCAACUCAUCUCCUGUCCAAGUUGUUAUAAAAAAUAGCCUGACCCAUAGGCGAAAAAAGUGGUACUUCACUUACCAUGCGAUCCUGAUUCCUCACACCCCAAAAGAGCUACAAGUGCCCGUCUUGUAUGCCUACGGCAAGAGGACAUCUACACCACAUUGCUCUUCUACUGCACUGGAAUGGUGUUUGCCUCCACCCCGAGUAUUUACAAGACACCAUAGUAAUGUUCGUUCACGUCACCAACAUUCUCGCGGGAUAUCAAAGAGAGCUUUCACCGCGUCAUCGGGCAGGACUCAGAGGAUCCGGAAUAUCGAGAAGGGUUUUUUGUUGGGGGAGCCUCUGGUUGAGCAUAACAGCUACAUGCCGCUGUGGUGGUUUCACCGGAGGGGGCACUAUCUCAAAAGUGGUCAUCUGAUAGCUGCUGUGCCCCUUCGUCGGCGGGCUGAUAAUUUGGUAUCUGUUGGCCAAUGAAGGGGCACAGUAGCUGGGUCAACCGGCCAGGCCAACUGGUUGCGCUUUUCCCCUGA